AUGCCGACAACUCAGCCCCUGACCCAGAACCCCUUAUCCCCUAUAUACACGUCUCUAGCCUUCAAUCGGAUCGCACAAACCAUCACAAGGACCCCUCCACCCUCCACAGGGACAGCUGUCUCCCCACAACCGACACCGUCCCCCACGAAAAUCCCUCUAGCUCCUUUACGGACGCCUCUGUCCUCCGUGUGGGUCAGUCUGCCCCCUAGCUCAUCUCUGCAGCCAGCUCAGAGUGGUUUCCGGAAGAUGCAGUGUAACUGCAACCCUUAUAUUGGAGCAACCUCCCCAUACUGCAGUCGAGCGGUUCUGUUUCCUGAUUGGGCGUACAGGCCGUCGUACUCGCCUGGCUCCCGGCAGGUGCAGCUCUGGCACUUCCUGUUGGAGCUGCUGCUGAGCCGAGCCGGAGGGUCCGGAGGGACCGGAGGGUCCGGAGGUGACGGGGCAAGCGGGGCCAAUGGGGCCGUAGUGGACUGGGCCGGCGAGUGGGGAGAGUUUGUCAUCCGAGACCCAGAGCGCUUGGCUCAGAUGUGGGGGGAGCGCAAAGGGAGGCCCCACAUGAACUACGACAAGCUGAGUCGAGCACUGAGGUAUUACUAUAACAAGAGAAUUCUGCAUAAGACCAAAGGCAAGAGAUUUACCUACAAGUUCAACUUCAGCAAAUUAAUCCUGAGCUAUGAGCAGCUUUUGUCUUUUAUUGAGAGCAGAGGCUUCCUAGCAGCACUCCCAUGA